UGGGGAGCAGCUGCGGCCGGCGCUGCCGCCGGGACCCGCCCCGCUUCCUCGCCGGGCACCUGCUCGGGGCGGAGCGGCGGCGGCGGCGGCCGGAGGAGCGGCGGCAGAAGGCCGAGGUGGCGGUGGCGGCGGCUCCAGAGGCGGCUGUGCGGGCGCUUCAAGAACUUCAUAUAAACACAUGAGAGAAGAUGACAAGAUCUAGAUCAAGAUCACCACGAUGGAAGCAAAGGUCCUUAUCUCCAGCAUUUAGGAGUCCAGAGCACCACAGGCAAAGGCACGCUCAUGUUAAUUAUGACUGUGAAUAUAAAAGCUUUCGUAAGGACCUAAGGAAACCUAUGACUUGGAGAACAGAUGAUGAAAAAUACGGACAAAGCAAUUCCAGGUUUGCACCUCAUGGAAAUAACCACCAGAGAAUGUAUGAACGUAGGUCACCUUCACCAAACCUGAAAAGAAUUCCCAUGGAAGAUGCUUACAGCCAUAAGCCCUACAGAACACAUUCAUCGGAAAGAACUGAAGGCAAUAGGAGAUGUCAGUUACCACCAAAAUACUCAGAAAUACCAUAUAAGGAGCACAGUCGGUCAUUUUACCAUUACAAAAUGGAAGAAAGAUACACGUUUGAACACUACAAAGUCACUGGAAAUGAAAAAGGAAUUAAACCUUUUCACAGACCAUUAGGGGCUUCAUGUAAAUUUGAACGAAAAUGGCAUGAAGAUGACUUGAGGCACCAGAGAUUACAUGAAGAGAAGUAUGGUCAGUCACCCAGAAGAGUUUCUGAUGAAUUUACGUCAAGGAGCUCUUUACAGAAGAGGUAUCCUGAAGAUCACGAUUACAGAGAAUAUGGGCACACGUCUAAAAGGGCUAAAGAAAUGGAGAGGUAUGACGGUGGAGAAGUAGCAAGAAAUUCCAAGUGGAAGCAAGAGCGUUCUUUUUCACCCUACCAAGAAAAGGAGGAGCAAAGAAAUCUGGGUGCCCAGUCUCACCGGUCGACUGAAAGGGAGUACUCGGAGGGAUCUGUCACAAAGAUAGCCUAUGAAUACAAUCACAAACGGCGCAGGCACCUGGAUGGGGAAAAGCCUUUCACAGAUGAUAGAGCUCAGAAGUAUGCGAAGCAGGAAGAUCAGAAAUACGGAUCUUCUAAGGGUGCCUGGAAUAGCAAAAAGUUAGAUUACUUUAGUGGUGGAAGAGCGAGACAGACUGAAGAAGGGCAUGUUGAAGUCCCUCCUAAAUAUAGUUCAAAGAAGGGCUGCAAUGCUUGCGUUAACUCUUCUAAAAUGGAUGCUGAUCUGAGACCCUUUAAAAACAAGCAGAAGGAAAGAGUAAGGAAAGAAGGGGAACUCAGGAGAAAAGGAGAUUCUUCCAGUAGCCAGCAUGAUUCAAGUCAUACUGUUUCAGAUGUGAAAGUGUCAGAUGUCAACUGUAGGAGGGAACAUCUCACAAUCAAAGUGGACAUGAAGAAAACGGUGAACAGGUACAGGUCUGCUUCUAGUCAUACUGCAGACAGACAGAUGUCACAUGAUCUGGUUGCUGUCGGCAGGAAAAAUGAAAACUUUCAUCCGGUGUUCGAGCACAUGGAAUCUGUAGCACGAGGUGUUGAGAGCGACCCGUCGCGAGAAUUUACUCAGGAAAUAAUCACAAUUAUCCAUCAAAUUAAAGCAAAUUAUUUUACAUCAUCCGACAUAACUCUGCAUGAACGGUUCUCAAAAAUCCAGGAUAAACCAAUUCCAAAUAUGAAUGAAGUUAAAAGAAGUUUGGAUCCAGAAAUUCACAGGAGGAUUGACAUGUCUUUAGCAGAACUUCAGAACAAACGAACUGUCCCAUCAGAAUCUCCUCAGAACAUCAUAAGAGUUUUAGAAGAUCCAAAUGAUCUACGGCAUGAUAUAGAAAGGAGAAGAAAAGAGAGACUGAAGAAUGAAGAUGAGAGAGCAUUUCAUACGGAUGGUACAGCUCCAAGGAAUCAGCAAAGCUGCAGUUUUUCAAGAUUACAGAACUCUCAACUUGAUGGCUUCCAAAAGCCCAUGAGGUUCAUUAAGCCACCUUUCAGGAAAUUUAUUGGGAAGCCUCACCUGAAUUCUUACUAUUCUUCGAGAACAAAUGAAACUUUCCCGCACAGACAUGUUAGAGGACGCCUUGAGAACACAGGUCCCAUCAGGAGACACUUUAAGAGCAACUUUGCAGAUGGCCGUUUGCAAUCCCAUUAUAAAUCAGGCUUAGUACAGAAGGGUUUAUAUAUUCAAGCUAAGUACCAGCGGUUACGUUCUGUUGGUGUAAGGGGGUUUACCACUAAUAAAUACAGAGAUGGAUUUCUGAGGAAAGAAAAGGGAAAUUUAAAUAUUGGGACAGAAACCUGAACUAAGCUCUGAUCCUGAAGUUGAAACGUGAAACACAGAAAAGGGAACAUCUGUUCACUUUUUUGACAACUUUGUCCAGACCUAAAUUGGGAUAAAGGAACUAACCCUGUAACUUUCUUGAUUAAAAAAUAACUUUAUUUUUCGGUAGGAGAAUGCUGCAGAACUUUUUUACGGUUUUCAUAAUUGCUUUUAAACUACAGUAUUCAAUGGAAACGUUGUAGUAUGUACCUUUAGUUCCUUUUGCAUACCGGUCUCGAGUAAAGAAGUCACUGAAGGGAGUCUUAUUUAUUGAUUACUUUUUCUCCAAGCAUGAUGUUACAGAUGGAACUUGAGUUGUUAUACCCAGAGGUUUAUAUGUUCAAAGUUUAUUGCUUAUGUAAUAAAAAAGGAAAACAAACAAAAAAAAAGUGCCUGAAUUGUUUGGUAAUAGCACAUAGCUCAGGAUUAGCCAAGAAAGAAAUGACCUGGUAGGUUGCGCAAUAGAUCUUACACCUCUGUUCAGUCCUUUCCAUAAAACAAUGUUCUGUAUUACUUCAUUGGAGUUUCAUAAUAUUCUUGGGUUUCCGAGAUGUAUAUAGAUUUGUGAAGUGUUAAGACUGCUGAGACAAUUUUUGGUAUUUGAUGAACAUGAAUGGCAGCAGGCAGGUAUGCAGUGUUCUGUAGCAGUAGUUUGUAACUGCACUGAAGGCAUGCUUGGGUUUGUUAUGGGGUUAGUUGGUCUAUAUUCAAGGUUACUGUCUCAUAGGUUUGUGGGGUUUUUUUAUGUAUGGCAUUCUUGACGAAGCCAUGUGUUCUUUCAUCUUGUCAUAAAUGAUUUGGUGGCUUCUUGAAUUCUGAAAUUGGGGCCUGAAGUGUUUAGUUGCAAGGAGAAAAAAAAACAACAAAACAAGAAAUGUAAGUUUUUUAUAAGCAUGUAUUUUAACAAAGCUGUUCAUAAUUGAAACUGCUUUAAAUGCAGAUAGCUUGUAACUUUGUUCAAAAUCCCAGUAAUUCUCCAAAGCUUACAGUGCUUCAGAGGAGAACGUAUUGUUAUGCUGUAUGCAGAAUUUAAAUAGCCUGACAUGUUUUUCAGCAGCUAUAAACAAUAUUGUGCUUAUUUCCUGUUUAUAGCUUUGCCUUAAUAUAAUAUAUAUAGUAGGGUUGUGUAUACGUAUUACAAAUUUCUUCACUUUUUUAUUACAGGUAAAUUGAAGAUGUGUAAGAAGUAGUUUUCAGAUAACGUCCUUAUUUGUUUUAAGGAAACAUUUUUCCAUAAUUUCUGGGACAGUGUUAGCUGUAGGGAAUGCAGGCUAGGCUCUAUGAUGGAUAACAGAUCAGAACUCUGAUUGUGGGUAGGGGUAGGUUCAGAGAAAAGAGAUAUUUGUCUUUUGGUGGAAAGUCAGGAUGUGACUUUUUUUUCUUUGCAUGAUUUCUUUGUUGUGGGUUUUUUUGUUUGUUUGUUUGUUUGUUUCCACAGUGCUUCCAGUAGAGGGGUUAUUUGUUGGAAGCAUAGGUAAUGGCUCAGAGCAGCUAAAAUAGUGUCACUUAAUCUUAAGUCAUGGGAUGUACUGCUUAGUGUUCAUAGAAAAUAAGUAGGCGGGAAGUGUGCCAGAUUCAUUGAUGCUAUGGUGAUUCAACAACAACACCAGAUGGUAUAAGUUUCUAAAACUCGAGUUUUCAGUUGAAAUAAUUAUUAAGUGAUUCAACUAGUAUUUGAGUAACUUUCUGACAUACAAAUUCAAAAUGGGAAGUUAAAGGAAAAGAAUUUCUUGAUCUGCAGGAAGUUAGCUGCUUCCGUUUGAUCGGAAAUACUUGUGAUGCUGUCGCUGAUGAACCCAACUAUAAAAUCAUCCUGUGUGGAUUUACCAGCAAGUGGAAAUUGAAGCAACAAAUAGAGCCAACCCAAAGCAAAUAAGGAGUCGCCGUGUUUGUUAAGCAGCCCAGUGUCGGGAAGUGCUGUGUACACCUGCAGAUGGGUGCAGGUUCACCCUGAAGCCAACAAGUUUUUCCACACUGCUCCUGAACAUGUUAAGCAUUGUAAAACGCAGGUGAAACCAUACAUGAUACAGGACAAACUACUGAAGCUAUCGUGUCUUACUUUGCAGGAUACUACUGUUUCUGUAAGCUUCCUUUUUUGUUCUUCCUAAAGCCUGGAAGAGAGUUUGUUGUUGAGCCCAAUGGGAGAAGUGGAUAUGUGAAGAAACUUGUGGCAUGUCAGUUUUGCUAAGGUUGUCUAGAAAUAAUGCUGAAGUAGUCAGACUUCAGCCAGUUAAUGCUGCUUUCAUUUUUUAUUUUAAUAUGAAAACCAGGUUUAAGAGUGCAAAUGCCUCCAGUUUCGUGCUUUAUUUUACUUGUGCACAACUAGUUUUAGUACUUUGUGUCUAGUUUCUUCAAUAUAGGUUGUUAUUUCUGUAACUGUAAGCAACGUAUUACCGUAUGGUAUCUGAUUAUUAUUUCUGUAACUGUAAGCAACAUAUUACCAAUGUGGUAUCUUUUAGUAUGUUUACUGAUUUUUAUUUUAUUCACCUCAUCCCCACGUUGGUCCCGAGAUGAAUGUCAUAUGAUGAAAUGUAGUUCCUGUUACAGUUGCUUUAGCUUUUUUGUGAGGAGCUUCCAUCUGCUGAAAUCACAUUCUUUACCAGUAACUUUGCUUUACUAAUCAGAUUUGUACAGAAAUUUAAUUCAGCGAUUGAAUUAGGUGCUAGAGGGAACCUAACUGUCUGGUCUGCAACUUACUGUGCUUUGAAUCUUUAGAUGGAGACUUAUGUCUGUAUGCACACACGAGUAAUUGGCUCAUUUUUUCUUUCAGCACAGGAAAGUUCUGUUGUACUGAUAGAAUGGUUAGUUGAGAAUAAUAUAUUGAAAUUACUGAUUGGUUUGUGAGAGGGCUCAAGUUGAGAAAACGAGUGUUAAGAAGGUGGUCAGUUUACUUGAAUAAUUUGGUGCCUUUCUAUAUUGUGACUACAUUGUAGAAAAUGCCCUCUGUACAAAGACUUAAAUAAUGUUCUGAUUAUUGCAUUAUUUCUAAUAUGAGCAUGGACUGAGUAGAGUUGUUACUGUAACCGCUUACUUUUAACUAUGUGAGUAAUCCUCUGCUCCAAAGGAAAAAUGUUCCUUGUAUUAGUGAAGCUGCUCACUGCAUUUGCAUUGGAAAGGCAAGUCAAGAAUAUGAUUGUCUAAGAGCUAGUUAGCUUUGUUUUAUAAAUGUGAAUUGCCUUUCUGUUAGUUGACUUGAAAUGACCGCUGAAUGCUUGUCACGUUCUCAGUUGUUCACAUGUGAAAUG